CACAAGUCAACCAUAUUAUAAACACAACACCCAAUGCUGCGCCUCCUCUUGUUCUCUUGCUCUCCGGCCAUCGGCAUUUAUUCCAUCGACUUAAUCGGCAAUGAUGUCUGCUGCAUUAAUGACCGAUAACAAACCCCUUCGCUUGCCUCACCUCUUCUCAGUAGUCUUCUUGCUUGCAACUGCAACUUGGGCUACUCUUCUUCCCUGCACGCAUGCCCAAUCAGAAGACCACCCGGACUUCAUAUCAAAGAUCUGUAACCAUACCAUCCAUUUUGAAGUCUGCAACACUUCCCUGCGUUCCAUGCCUGACAGCCAAAACGCAGACGUCUACAAUCUCACCAGGAUUGCUAUAAAUCUGACAAUUGCAGAAGGGCUGAGGAUCGGUUCCAACAUUUCGUCCAUGUUAGAUGCGCGGUUCCUGCCAAGCUACGGAGAGAGACGCUUGAAGGAUUGCGCUGACCUGUACUCGGACGCGGUGGAAAGCCUCAGGCUUGCCGUGAAAGAUCUCGCUCUUCGGUCGUUUUUUGAUGUCAAUCUCCACGUUACUGCGGCCAUGACAGAAUCCUCCACGUGCGAGGAUGGUUUCAGCGAAGAGGACGGGUACACGUCGCCAUUGACAUAUCAGAAUUCAUACUUUUUCAUGCUCUGUAGCAAUGUCCUGGCAAUAAAUGCUCUUCUUUCUUAGGCAUCGAAGGUCGCUAGCUGUUUUGAUGCCUUUUUUGUUUUGAGAAUAACUGUUAUUGCUGUUGUCGAUGCUACUCUUGUCGUCGGUCGGUUGUUGUUUGUGUUGUUGUCGUCGUUUGGUGCUCAUGUUUUUCUUCUUGAUGCUGCCGCUACCACUUUCUACUGUAUAAAGCUGUUUAAAUAACAGUUACGUGUAUAUUUGGUACAGAAAGUUA